AUGUGCCGUAAAUGUCCAUAUAACAUAUCAAAAUGUCCCAUUUCUCAUAGUUUUGAUGGAUAAAAUUAUUUGAUAUGUAGGUGGGAGAUGACACAUAACCAUCCCGUAAAUUUAAUCGAGGUGUACGAAUGCUGAUCGAGGCACACUAUUAUAAAAGGAAAACAAAAAAUUAACAUAUCAAAGAUGCUAUAGCCUCAACAAAAAGCAUAUACAGAGACUCACAUUUCACUUUUUUUCGCUCACGCAUUUCAUCAAACGCAUGGCAUCACCGAACAAACCACCGCCGGCACCGCCGGCACCGCCGGCAGAUUCCUCCGACCGACCACCCACCGCCAUCAUGCAUCAGCCCGCCUCCCCUCGCUUCCCACCAGGUACCCCAACCUCCGACGCUAACCGUAAAAUCGCCAUCGCCGUUGAUCUAAGUGACGAAAGCGCUUACGCCGUUAAAUGGGCCGUUGAAAACUACCUCCGUCACGGUGACGCCGUUAUCCUCCUUCACGUCCGUCCAACUUCCGUUCUCUACGGAGCAGAUUGGGGUGCAAUUGACGUAUCAAUUGACACGAAUGAUGAGAAAUCGAAGCAGAAAUUGGAAGAAGAUUACGAUAAUUUCACGAGCAUGAAAUCAAAUGAUUUAGCUUUGCCGUUAGUUGAAGCGAAUAUUCCGUUUAAGAUACGGAUUGUUAAGGAUCAUGAUAUGAAAGAGAGAUUGUGUUUGGAGAUUGAGAGGUUAGGGUUAAGUGCUGUGAUUAUGGGGACUAGAGGGUUUGGUGCAUCGAGGCGAAAUGUGGAAGGUGGAAGACUUGGGAGUGUUAGUGAUUAUUGUGUUAGGCAUUGUGUUUGCCCUGUUAUUGUUGUGAGGUAUCCUGAUGAUAAAGAUGAUGGAAUUAUGGGUGGAAACGAUGGGGAAGGUAAAAAGGGAGCUAAGGAAUGUGAGGAGGAUUCGUUUUAUCACGAUGCAUCGGAUAAAGCAACAGAUACGGAGAAGGCUUCUUGAAUUACGACGAUGGGUGUGCAUGUUUCUAUACUUCUGACAAAGCGACCUUCAACGGUGUUCACUGCGCCAGUGAGAAAUCAAUUUGGUGGUUCUCUGCGCCUGUGUUUCCGCAGAGUAUCCUCUACCGUGCUUCAAGUUUCAUGAACGUUGUUUUUGUUUUUUGAAUUUGGCUGCUUGUUUUCUCCGUGCAAUAACAUACUCUUGGAGCUGUUAUAUAAGGUUCUUGGUUGUA